UUCUCCAUGGAAACGGAGCCUAACUGGAAAUGCAAGACUUAUCGCGGAGGUUUUCACUUUUCUACAACGUCUUAAGGAUGGGCAACUGGUGCAUUAACUAAAAUAAACGGAAAAAGUGGUUUGAGUAAUAGAUUCCUGGAGAUUUGUAUCGUGGAAAGAUAGCAAAUAAAAUAUAGUGGCGUUUGAAGCGUAUUAGCAGACUAAUGUGAUAGUUUUCAUUUGACAGGACGUCUAACGCAAUAUAAUUUACUUUUGCGGCAUAUUUUGUAAUUCCUAACUUUUUUGCGACUACGCUACAUUUUCUUGUGAGUUGCCAUUCCUUUUUCAUUUCAACUCUUCGAUGUUAGAAUCUUUAACUUGGACAGAAUACCGUUUAUAAAAUGUUUAAAGCGAAGAUACUUGUGAUUGGACCCAGUGAGAGUGGUAAAACAGUUUUGGCAAAUUUUCUAUCAGAUGCCAUCAAAACAGUUGGAGGAGAAUACAGUCCAACACAAGGUGUUAGGAUUUUGGAGUUUGAAUGCCAGUGUAGCAAUGGUAGUGGCAAGAACAUAGGCUGUGAGGUGGAGAUGUGGGACUGUGGUGGAGAUUCUGCGUUUGAGUCAUGCUGGCCGGCUUUUCUCAAGGAUUCCAAUGGGGUUAUCAUUGUGUUUAACCCAGAUGUGCCUAGCCAUUUAAAGGAGGUCGAGACGUGGUAUUCAACAUUUGUUUCUAGCCAGGGAAUACAAGACAGUCAGUGUAUGCUGGUGGCUCAUUACAAACCAGGAUAUGGGGCAGAUAAUGGACUUCCUGCUCUCGCUCCACAGAUGAACAAACUUAAUAUAGUGCAUUCCAACUUGGAGGAAGACCCUGAAAAAAUGCGCCAGGAAUUUCGACGUUACCUUGGAUCAGUGGUGAAGUCUUUGUCUGAAAGCAGAGAGCGUGAGGAAAUGUCAAUUAUUACAUGAAGGCCCACUGGAAACUACAGAUAAUAUCCAAAAAAAAAAUCACUACAACAGCUGACCUCAAUAGAGAAUCUUUUAGGGAGUGCUACCACCAUAUCCAACUUUUUAUUUAACAAAGUUUAUGUUUCAAUUUGUAGUAAGCUGUAUUUAUAGGUGUAUAAUUGAGCAAAUUUAUAUUUCAUGCAGCUCUUGCAUUCAGUUUCAAAGUGUACAAGGCUUGCUGCACAAUAACUGCAUGUGACUUAGGAAGUUUUUUCCGGCCAUUUUCUUAAAAGAACUAGUCAGACAUCUGAGUCCCUGCCAAAGUAAAUUUUACUAGUACAUAAAUUUUAUAUUAUAUAUAU